AUGAGCUCCGAUGAUGAGAUUCCUCAGUCAGUUCACUUCCAGUUCACACUGCUAACGAACAGGCUCGUUGACUCGGGAACCGAUGUUCACGAGCGCCGGAAGGUCCCCCUGACCUUGCUCACAGGCUACCUGGGAGCCGGCAAGUCAACACUGCUCGAAGAACCAUGGCUACCGCAUUGCUGUGUGCAUGAAUGUACCGACAUAGAGAGCAAGUCAUUGCAGAUGUCGAACCCCAACGACCCGUCCGCAACUACGUCGUCGAUGCUUUCUUUGCCCAACGGCUGCCUCUGCUGCUCCUUCAAGGAUAUGGGCAUCGCCGCGAUAGAGGAGAUGGUGGCAGCGCAGAAGGAGAAGAUCGACUGGGUCAUCGUUGAGCUCACCGGCCUGGCUGAUCCCGCGCCGAUCGCGAAAGACUUUUGGACGAACGAGGAGAUGGGCGACCUGAUCUUGGACAGCGUCGUGUGUGUCGUGGACUGCCGAAAUGUGCUUCGUCAGCUGGACGAGCCAACGCCGGACGAUGGCAAGACCGCAAACAGUACAGACGCGAGCGGGAAGAAGGACCCCAUCAGUGCAGCGCAGAAGCAGAUCGCGUGCUCAGAUGUUAUCUUGCUGAACAAGACGGACCUCGUGACGCCGGAGCAGCUGGACGAGAUUGAGAAGCGGGUGCGGAGCAUCAACCCGACUCUGCGCGUGUACAAGACGGAGCACAGUAAGGUCCCGCUGCCGAAGCUGUACAACCUUAAAGCGUUCUCAGAAUCGACGUUGCUGGGCGGAAAGCAGGAGGACGACUCUACGAGCUGCGCCGGCUGUUCUGACGGGUCGCACGACCACUCGCACCACACCGAUGGCAUCUCAACUGUCACGCUCCCGCUGCCGCGACAGAUUACGUUUGACCAGUUCCAGAACCUCGAGAAGUUCCUGCAGGACAUCCUCUGGAAGUCGCCGACGAAGGAGAGCAAGUACGACAUUCUGCGGACGAAGGGCUACAUGCGAGUGGAUGUUGAGGGCAAGAUGCAGGAGAAGGUAGUACAGGGCGUUGCGGAUCUGUUCGACAUCAAGGACGCCCACGCCACACCGGAGGAGGUGAAGCCGAAGAUCGUGCUCAUCGGGCGAGACUUGGACGGACCGAAGAAGGAGAGCCUGUUCCGCGAGUUUGGGCUGCACCUGAUGGCCAGUUAG